GUAAAACCCGUCAAGCGCAUGUCAUCUUGUUUUGAAGUUUUGCAACAUUGUAACGAUAGCUUCUCCGAAAAAAAAUCUUCGUCGUAAGUGUAUUGAGCACAAACAAACUUGAAUACAAAUCGAAAUAACGCUCUUUUUAAAGAUGUCUCAUACAAUCUUGCUAGUCCAACCCGGACCCAAGCCGGAGACGAGAACAUAUUCCGACUAUGAGUCGGUAAACGAAUGUAUGGAAGGAGUUUGCAAGAUUUAUGAAGAACAUUUGAAGAGACUGAAUCCCAACACUCCAAGCAUUACAUACGACAUCAGUCAACUGUUUGAUUUCAUUGAUCAGUUGACCGAUCUCUCCUGCCUAGUGUACCAAAAGAUCAGCAAUACUUAUGCUCCUUACAACAAGGACUGGAUCAAAGAAAAAAUCUACAUUCUGUUGAGGCGCCAAGCAGCUAAAGCUCCAUAAAUGGAUACUU